CCCCUAAUAUUAAGGACCAUAUCAGGGCUCCCAACUUUUUAAUUUCAUAAUAAAAAUCUGAACUUUUUCGAAAAUUUUGAAAUAUUUCAUUUUCGUAAAAUCUUCAUAAACCCACUCCCUUGCCUCUUCUUUCUCUCUCGUGUGCGACGCGCGAUUGUUUUUGUUUUGAAUUUGUGCGACCACCGCCAUCCUCACUCUCCAAGCCUCCAACACCUGAGGAAAAUAUUAUUUACUUGAAAGUGUAAACUGUAAAGGCUUGGUUGCUGUUGUUGUUGUAAACUGUAAAGGAAUGAAACGUUUGCAAGAAUCUGGUUCCUCUCAACAGAAACGACAAAAACUGUCGUCGCUGCCAAAUGAAGAGCGUAUACUCUAUGACCUUAUACUUAGCAAGGAAAACUCAGGGAUCUCAAAAACAGACAUGUGAAGAGAAACAAACCUUCCUAUUGCUGCGCUUAAUAAACACAUGAAGGCACUUAUGAACAAGAGUAUGGUAAAGGAACUUCCUUCCAUUAAAAACAAAGGUAUAAAGAUCUACAUGGGAACAGAAUUUGAGCCUUCGAAGGAUAUAACUGGUGGGCAUUUUUACAGCGAAGGGAGUCUUGAUACGGUUUUUAUAGAUGCUCUAAAGAAAACGUGCUUGCAAUGCAUUUCAUUACAGAGAGUUUCCACAUGUGAUGGAUGUUUGGAGUGGGUUAAAAAGAGUGGGGUCUUCACAACUCAAGUCACGGGAGACCAAAUAGAAGAGAUUUUGCAAACUUUGGUUUUAGACGAUGAGAUCAUGCAGAUGACAAGUACUGGAUAUGGGGAUUUUGCAUCUAUUCCCGUUGGCAAAACUUGUUACAUAUGCAAAAGCAAGGGUGAAAAGAAAUCUGUUGACUCGACUCCCUUUCCAUGUUUUUCUUGUCAACGGAUGAGCUUUUGUUCAACAGACGGUGUUGUCUCUCCAACAACAUGUGUCUAUUAUCAGAAAUGGUUGGAUUUUUGAAUGAGUUUAGCACUAUUUAUUUAUUUUAAAAUGACUCUCGGAGUUCUGACUCUCAUACAACAGUUAUCGUGGUUUCUUUUUCGUUUCUCUUUUAACUUUAUUGCUAUCUAACAUCCUUCCACAUUUGCUGGAGUCAAUUGGUUUAUAAGGUCUGCAUAAUGAUUUCCGACAGUUAUAAUAUAUGCGGAAGAAAGAGAAACACUUCUUUUAAGAAGCAAGUAGAAAUGAGAAACAUGUUCUAUAGUAACAUAUGCAAUAGUUGAUGGUGUUUUGAUGGAAUUGAAAUUUUAGUUGGUGUGUGGAGUAUCAUUUGACAGACAUGUAUAUGCAAUAGUUUAAUGCUUAUGAGUUAUAUUUAGAACUCUAGAUUCAUCCCUGGUGUGAUCAAACUUUUAUAUUGACAAACACGUUCUUUAA